AAGCCAUUUACCCUCCAAAAUUAAGCAGAGCUAGCUUCCUCUACCUGACAAGUGUGUUCCAAGUGAUCACUACCAGCUACUUGACAAGUGUAUUUAAGUAGCUAAUUAAGCAAGCAGCUGUACUGAGUACACAAUGGGAGGAAACCUGUCUUGCUUCGGGUCGGCGGCGGCUGGUUCAGGUUACGGGGACAUCGCCGACGACCAGCCGGCGGCGGCGGCGGCGUACGAGCUGCGACGGUCGUCGAGGAAGGUGCGGCCGAGCGACGAGGACAGGCUGUGGUACGUCGGCGAGCGGGACGUCGACAGGAAGGCGGCGGAGUUCAUCGCCAAGUUCCAUGCCUCGGCUAGGUUCGUGGAGGCUUGAAUUGAGCCUAAUUUGAUGACAUCUUCAGAUAUCUUGGUUCUUGGAUCUAUACCUGGGUCACUCUCUCUAGCUAGCUGCUGCUCAUGCUGGUGAUCUGCUUGGUUCGUUUAGUUUACUUCUCUUCUUGUAUAAUUAACUGUGUUAAUUAGCUAGUCCUAUGCAUAUAUAGAUAUAUGUAUGUGUAUAUCAAUGUAUGUACUUAAUCGGUGUAAUUAAGGACGUGUAAAUCUGUAUUAUUAUUAUUCUGCUAAAUAAGAGCAAUGCUGCACAAGCUGCUGUUGUAUGUAAGUACAUGUUUCUUGCAACGAGUUGGUCUCUGAAAUCUGAAGUGAAA